AUGGAUUAAUAAUAGCAAGAUUAAGUCCAAUAUACUACUUAUGAAAAUUUGUAAGAUUAAGAAAUAUAAAAAAUUGAUCCAAAUGAUUGGAAAUAACAGUUUUUAUUUAUAGACAGCUUAAGAGCUUAAAACAAAUUUCACAGUGAUUAAUUUAAAAUUUAAGAAUGGUGGGAUUAACUUUAACCCUUAACAGAUAGCAUUAGAAGUAAUGUGUCUAAAAAUGCAUUGAUGUUGAUUAAGGAAACAAGUAUGACUAAUUAAAUAUCAAGUUUAACAUCAUAAUGUUUAUGAUGAAAAAAUUUUGCAUAAAUUAUUUGAAAAAUGUGAAAGUGAUUUUAAGUUUUUAAAAAAUGAAGCUUUAUAAACAGUUGAAAUUUUAUCACAAAAACCAUACUCAAAUGAUCUCAUUUAGAUCUUAUGUAAUAUCACAUUAUAAUCUAAUUAUGUAUAAAAUAAAUUAUAAUAUAGAAAUUACAAACUCAUUCUUAUCCUACUUUAGUGAAAAUUGUAUUGGCUUCAGAUUUUAAUUGUGAUUGGGAUAAUAUAAUUUAAACUACUGUAGCAGUUUAUAAUGGAAAAAGUGUUGAAUGUAAGAAAGCAAGCGAUUAAUUAUAUUUGGCACUAUAAAAAUAGAAGCCAGACGUAUUAGAAAAAGAGGAAUAAUUAAAAUUAAUAGGAGAGAGAACCAAAUAAAAAGGUCCUUCAAAAGGAUUUAAGGAGUUUUUAUAAUAAUAAAAGAAAUGAUUUAAAAUUUAUUUAUUUUAAAAAAUGAAA